AAUGGACACGGAGACCACCCUUCCAGUGUCUGGUGCUGAAGAUGGUGAGGUCUUUGUAAAAGGUCCAGCCAGAUUUAUAAUUAGUGAUGAUUUACAAGUGAUGCCCCCAUUUACUUCUACAAGCUUUUCUUUAGUUAAGAACCUCGGAUUCACGGGAUGGAAUAGUAUUGAGGAGUUGACAGUCAAUGUAGGAGUUGAUGAGGUUUUGAAGUUGCUUGUGUGCUCAUUAGUAUCAAAGAUGCCUUUGACUGAAACUCUGCUGAAGCAUGAACCCCUCCUAGAAUUGAGCAAUGAAAAUGUUGAUCAAGAAAUAGAUGUUGAAUCUCGAAUGUUAGGAGACGCCACGAAUGAGUAAGAAGAAAAGAUUUCUAUUAAGCUCAUAGUUAGCAAAUCUAGGAAGAUGGUUUGUUAUGCAGAAGCAGGGGAGGAGUUUGUUAAUUUACUCUUCAGUUUCUUGACUCUUCCACUCGGGUUUAUUGUGAAACAGAUGCAGGAUAACUCUAUGAAAGGAUGCAUUGGUCAGUUGUACAAAAGUGUCCAGGAUCUUGAUGAGCAAUGCUUGAAGUCAAAUAACCAUAAGAAAAUGCUAGUGAGUCCCAAGCUUCUCCCUGGAUUUGGCUAUAAGAACCAUCCUUUG